AUGCUCAGUAAAAAAAUGUACGAUAUUAAAUGUUCUACAGACGAAGCAAAUGCUGUAAGUGAAGUUCAAGACCAGAUUAAAAAAAUAGCAAAUGAACCUGUCUCAGAAGAUCCAGUUAUCAAUGUAACCACUCUGCAAAAUACACAUAGCUUAUGGGGAGAGCAUGAUAUGGAAGAAAGUUCUUCAUUUCCGGGUCUAUCGCAAGUGGCUAUGAAAUAUUGUUGUGUUCUUGCAUCAUCUGUACCGUCUGAGCGGUUAUUUUCGAAAGUAGGAAAUAUACUUACUGAUUGUCGUUCAAGACUACUUUCUAAAAGGCUAUUCCAACUGACUUUUUUAUCAUCUAUCCCUGACGAAUAUUGGAAUAAAAUAAAUUAA